UCCUCACUUCCUGGUUCAACAUGGCGGACGAGAAUGAGACAGCAGCGAAGCCGGAGCGGCGCGUGGAGGUGGACGAGGAACACGCGCACUGCAGCGACUGCGAGAACGAGGAGCACGCGAUCGACGACGGGGAAAAGGGCGAUACAGGAGCCAGGAAGAAGAAAAAGAAACAGAAGAAGAAGAAGGACAAAUCGGGGAAGGAGUCUGCUCAGGACCCGCCGGCCAAAGUUAACUCUCUCCCUGCCGAUAAGCUGCAGGAGAUCCAGAAAGCCAUCGAGCUCUUCUCCGUGGGACCGGGACCAGCCAAAACUAUGGAGGAAGCGUCCCGCCGCACCUACCAGUUCUGGGACACCCAGCCUGUCCCAAAGCUAGGAGAGAUGGUGACGUCGCACGGCUGCAUCGAGCCAGAUAAAGACCACAUCCGAGAGGAGCCAUACAGCCUCCCACAGGGCUUCACCUGGGACGCGCUGGAUCUGGGCAACCCUGCCGUGCUGAAAGAGCUGUACACACUCCUGAACGAGAACUACGUGGAGGACGAUGACAACAUGUUCCGCUUUGACUACUCUCCCGAGUUCCUGCUCUGGGCCCUGCGUCCUCCGGGGUGGCUGAUCCAGUGGCACUGUGGGGUGAGGGUGAACUCCAACCAGAAGCUGGUGGGCUUUAUAAGUGCCAUCCCAGCCAACAUCCGCAUCUACGCCACAGAGAAGAAGAUGGUGGAGAUUAACUUCCUGUGUGUGCAUAAGAAGCUGCGCUCCAAAAGAGUGGCACCGGUUCUGAUCCGAGAGAUCACCAGACGGGUCAACCUGCAGGGCAUCUUCCAGGCCGUCUACACGGCAGGAGUGGUUCUGCCCAAACCAGUGGGCACCUGCAGGUACUGGCAUCGGUCCCUGAACCCCAGGAAGCUGAUUGAGGUGAAGUUUUCUCACCUGAGUCGAAACAUGACCAUGCAGCGCACCAUGAAGCUUUACCGGCUCCCAGAGGCUCCUAAGACUCCAGGCCUCCGGCUGAUGACGGUGAAGGAUGUUCCCGCAGUUCACCGUCUACUGCAGGACUACCUGCUCCAGUUCAACCUGGCUCCUGUCAUGAGUCCCGAAGAGGUGCAGCACUGGCUACUCCCACAGGACAACAUCAUCGACACCUUCCUGGUGGAGAGCGGCGCAGGGAAGGUGACUGACUUCCUGAGUUUCUACACGCUGCCGUCCACCAUCAUGAACCACCCUGUGCACCGCAGUCUGAAGGCUGCGUACUCCUUCUACAAUGUGCACACGGACACACCACUGCUCGACCUCAUGGCUGACGCACUCAUCCUCGCCAAGUCGAAAGGAUUUGAUGUCUUCAAUGCACUGGACCUGAUGGAGAACAAGACGUUCCUUGAGAAGCUCAAGUUUGGUAUUGGAGAUGGUAACCUGCAGUAUUACCUCUACAACUGGAAGUGCCCCAGCAUGGGCUCUGAGAAGGUCGGCCUGGUGUUGCAGUGACUUCCUGAAACACGGUUAAGCCAAUCCUCGUGUCAUAGUGAAGCCAAGUUAUGACAUCACGCACUGACCACCUGAGAGACGUUCCAGAGGGACUUCCAGGUUUAGGAAGAAUAAGCCACACCCCAUUUUUUUUGUCCCAUUUGAACUUUGAACUUUUGGAUCUGUGCACUUGUGCUGCCAGGCCAAGAGAGGAGGGUUUCUGUCCUUGUUCUCUCUCUCUCUCUCUCUCUCUCUCUCUCUCUCUCUCUCUCUCUCUCUCUCUCUCUCUCUCUCUCUCCAUCUGAAGCCACUGUAAUUACCAUCAAAGUUUCAGACUGUGAAUCAUCACAAGUGGUAAAACAGACUCCGAAACAUCAGAUUGUGCUUCUCAGAAAUCUUUCCCAUGAUGCUCAGAUACACACACCAGGCUGCUCACACCCUGACACAGGCGACAGACUCAGUACAGCGUUUUUUUCAAAAAAUCUAAAUAAAAAAACAAAAAAGUACAAACGUCUUGUCAACAAAAUUGUAAUAAAACAAUCAAAAACACUAGAAAAUAUCUAAACAGAAAAGCCAGAAAAAUCUAAUCAAAUAUCUAUUAACACCCUCCAGCGGACAUGCCAAGGGCUACUGUUUGUAACUGUAAUGUCGGUCAUGUUUUCCCUUGUUCCUUUCACUGUUUUGGUGUCAGUGCUGUGAGGAGGCUGUGGAGUUGUUUCCAGGUUCGUUUUUUCCAUGUGGUACUUGCUUUUCAUUUGAUUUUUCUCUUUGAGUUCGAUGCUGCUUCAUCACUAAACUGCCUGUAAUUCCCAUCACUGUAACACCAACACAAAACCUGUGUAUAAACAAACAAGAUAAACACCCAGAACUACCCAGACUGGCAGGGCUAAAUACCGCAAAAGUGUAUCAGGACUGAGACGUCAAUCAAGUGUGUGGUGCUUGGGAGGGGGUGGGGCUUAAUAUUUAAAGGCUGAACUAACGUUUGAAAGUCAAAUCUGCUUGUGGAGGACAGGAAAGGGGGAAUCCAGUGGCUCGCGCGACAGGUAACCAUCUGUAGGAAGAAGACUGGUGUUCUAGAGCAGAGAGACUGGGGGCUUUUGACACAUUUGCCUAACAUGAUAAGCUUUGCUCCGUUUGGAGCUCUGCAUGUACAGUGAUGAGCAGCGGUAGGGUUUUGGGUCUGUGGGCCACAGUGUCGGUUUGGGACCUGCUGUGGAUAGUUUGGUGGUAAGAAACACACAACUGGACGAUUGGAACAGCGGAGAAACAUAAAACUGUGGUCUUUGGGUUUCCUUGAUGGAGAAGGGGGAAACAUCGUCAACAUGAGAUUUCUUUUGUGCUAAAUAAAAGUAGAAGUUGUUGUGAGGA